AUGGAGGAGGCCGAAAUUUUAAAGGUGAAGGCGAAUCAACUUUUUGCUGAAGGCGACGUGUAUGGUGCUAUAAGACUUUACAAUGAAACGCUUAAUCUUCUAGAAGAUCCCAUUGAGACGGUGAAUGAACUCUAUUCUAGGAAACCAAGGGAUUAUUCCUCCAAACCUAAAUCGCCAUCCCCCAUAGAUGAGUUCAAAUCCAUUAUUUAUUCCAAUCUUUCGCACGCGUAUUUGGUUUUGAAGGACUUCGAGGAGAGUUGGACGAUGGCUGAGAUCGCGAUGGCGUUUAACGAGGAAGCCAUAAAACCCGUCCUCCGCUUUAUCGAGGCAAAGCUACAAGGGGGCUAUUCCUUUGAGGCCUUUGUUGCCGCCUUACUCCGCGCGAGGCCGCUUGUACGGAUGGAAACGGAGGCCCAAACCGAAAAAGAACGGCACCCCGCCAACUCUGGGGGUGCCCUUCAAACCAACCCCAACCAUAACGCGAGCAUGAACCACAUUUUGCUCAAGUCGAUUGAAAAGAAACUCCAGGAUGAGCUCGGGCUGAGCGAGUUAUCGCCCGGGAUCGAGCUCGUCCCUUUCAUGGGCGGGGUCACGCUAGUCAGCCGCCAGAGCUUCUCCCCGGGCGAUGUUGUUUUUAUCGAAAAGAAGUACCCCACCCCGAUCGAGGCGGACCUGGAGAUCUUCGCCGACACGGUCUACGGCACGAAGGAGAUCGCCCUACACUUCGCGAUGUUGCUCUCGCGCGAGCAGGCGACGGAGAGCGUGGCGUGGCGUCGCCUGCAGAAGGACUUCUGCGGGGUCUGGCCCCGCGCCCUCGAGGAGGUCUGCGAGGAGGUGGAGGCGAAGGUCUCGGGCCACCUCCGUGCGCACCUGCGGCCGACCUCCGAGUCCGCCUUCCGCGAGCUCCUGGUGAUGGCCCUGCGCUGCCGCUACAACUGCUUCCACACCGGCUUCUUCCGCGGCUGCGCGCUGGCCAACCACGGCUGCCGCGCGAACCUCGCGAUGAAGUACGACGCGAGCCGCGGGGUCGUGACGAUGCGCGCGGUGGACCACGUCGCCCCAGGCGACGCCCUGCUGGUGAAGUACCUCGACGACGUGAACUUCCUCUUCGGCGUCGCGCACCGGCGGGAGCUGCUGCGGGCGUGGGGCUUCUGGUGCGACUGCGCGCGCUGCGUGCGGGACUGCGACCCCGCCACGGCCCUGCACGAGUUCAUCACCUGCCAGGCCUGCGGGGCCUUCACCCACCACCCCUACUCCCCCCUCUCCGCCCGCCCCGCGGACGAGCGACACGAGGUCAUGGCCCAGGAGGCCGCGUUUUCCGUCGGGUCCUGCUGCCGGCAUUGCGGGGCCCGCGUGGAGUGGGGGGUCGAGCGAACUAAUACCCUUCUGGAGCUGCUCGCCCCGUUCGUCGAAGAAUGCUCCGCGAGGUCGCUCUCCUGGUGGUUGAGCGGGAGGCUUGAGAAGGCUCGCACCUUAAGGGUCUUCCCGACGAGCUGGGUUUAUCGCCUGGUCUUUUAUCUAUAUACCCAUUACAUCAGUGGGAUUAUAGAUGAGUUUUGGACUUUUUUUCAGACUCUCCGCCACCCCAUGAAGGCGCCAGCGUUGAUAAUGGUGAUGCAGGUUUUCACCCCAUGCGGAUUACAGAAUUUUUACUCACCCCUCCUCGACGAGGUGCGAGAGAAUCCUCUUUUCAACAAACUCAUGAAUGAUUCCGACAGCGAAGAAGGAAAGUACUAUCGAGGGCUGCUCGACGAGUCAGGGGAGGGGAUGGGCUGCGAGACCCUGCGCGUGCUGUUAAUUUUUUGGCAUCUUAUCGCGAGCUUCUACCCCAGCCAGGAGUUGUGGGAAGUCCAUCGGAUGAUCUGCAUUUUUGUGUUAUUGCAUUUGAUUUUUCAAGAAAACCUUGCGCAUGUGGAGGCGAAAGAGCAGCUCACCGACGAGAACGCCUUGAAACUUUUACAGCGGCAUGGUGCAUAUUUAGAAUUCAAAGAAAUAAAACGAUGGUUGAAUUUAUACCAAACUCUCAAGCCGCAUACGAAUGUAAAGCAUUCUCCUUCCAUGGGGGCUGUAAAAAAGGCAUUUAAAUUGAAGUAA